CGAGCUGGGCAGAAAGCCAUAUCACCCAUUUUUGUGGAUUUUUGACAACAUGUAGACAAAAACAUAAUUUCAUAUCAGAGCUUCAUAAAAUAUGAAGUUUGGCUAAUCAGUGGUGUGAUGUCUGCACCACUUAAACCUCUGUUUUGUGCCUAAACUCCUUGGUGUGCACCAGCUGUAGUAAUGUCAACCAACAGGAUCCAAACUGUGAAGAGAGAUUAAAAAAAAAGCAGCCUUAUUGUAUGAAGCACAGCUGCAGUGGGGGAGGCGAGCUGUAGCUCUGUCACACCUCCACACUCCAACAAGCGGAUGUGUUUUACUUUGCCUUUUCUCGCACUUUCUGACUUCCCUCCUCUACUUAUUACCGACCAAGUCUGUCAGAGGCUGCUUCAAUAUUUUAUCUGUGCAAUGGCCUAAUUAUCUGCCACCCUUCUUUCCUCUGUCAGUGUGAGGUUCAACAUGUUGUAGCUUGGUAAUAACAGAUCCAUUUUUUGAAGUUUAAAGGUUGUCUUUUCAACCCGAUGACAACUGACAGGCAGCAGCCGACAUCCGCUUGUGAAAGAUUGGGGUGACUGACAAGGAUAAUUUCUCUAUUCAGUGACAAUCAUCGCUUCCUGACCCAGCCGAUUGAUGAUCCGUGAGAGGAGCAAAGAGAAAUCCCCAGAGCUGACCAUGCAGCUGCUGAGGCCGAGCGGAAGUGAGACUAGCCAAUAUGGCCUAAAGAACUAAGAGGUUGUGUAAAGCAUCUGCUGGAGAGGCGUUGGCUCUACACACCAACUGCAUAUGAGACUUCUGAGGCAAUAUAGAUCAGUUCAGUUCAUUGAAUUGUUGCAAGAGAGCAACGCUAGUUAAUGGAGUUUCAUUAGUACAUGUCUGAGCAUUGCCUUUGAUGAAUACUGUCAACAGGGAUCGAACGCACAACCCACAUUCGAGGACCUUAUAACCUGCUAAACUGACAGGGAAACACUGACUUAUCAUUAAAGAACCCAAUAGAACCUGAGGGGUCUGUUAAUCAACAGCAACCAUGAAUGGCAUGACGGAACUGUCCGUGAAGUGUGUUCUGGUUGGGGACUGCGCGGUUGGCAAGACUGCCCUGCUGGUCCGCUUCACCUCAGAGACAUUUCCAGAUUCAUACAAGCCUACUGUGUUUGAAAACACAGGCGUGGAGGUGUAUAUGGACGGGGUCCAGAUCAGCCUUGGGCUGUGGGAUACAGCGGGCAACGACAACUUCAAGCAGAUCCGGCCGAGAUCAUACCAGCAGGCCGAUGUCGUCCUCAUGUGCUACUCUGUGGCCAACCCCAACUCCCUGGCCAGCAUCCAGCGUAAGUGGAUCGCCGAGGUCCGAGAGAACCUGCCCAGGGUGCCGGUGCUGCUCGUGGCCACCCAGACGGACCUGAGGGAGGUGGGGGUUCAUCGUGGCAGCUGCAUCUCGCCAGCGGAGGGGAAACGUGUGGCUCAUGAGGUGUACGCUAAGGGCUACCUGGAGUGCUCCUCCUUGAGUAACCGUGGUGUGCAGCAGGUGUUUGAGUACGCUGUGAGGACAGUUUUCAACAAGCACAAGAAACGACAAAGGAGGCGCAUGUUUAGCAUGAACCAGUGCAAAGUGUUUUGACCUUUGACUUUGAUCUCGCUGCCAUCUGAGGGUUUUUCAGAUGUGCUGUUCAAACUCAGUCAGCAAUGAAGAGAUGCAAGGACCCAGUCUGGGUUUCCUGUCGUACUGCUGGGUUGCUCUUCACUAAUAACCCCCACCACCCAAACAUGUUCAAACUAAGAACACUUAAAAAAAGUAACCUCACUGUCUGAGAUACCAGCAUAUGGGGGUGGACGCUUUUCUCUUGCAGGGAUGAAGUCAUAAAUAAGUGUUUGUUGUCAUAGUGUGUCGAAUAGAAGUUUUUUUUUCUUAUUUAAAGUGUUUAAACCUUGAGAGAAAAUGGCAUUGAUGUCUUAAUCUAGGGGUUACUUUAGCAAGUUAACUUUAUUUGAAAUAUCAAACAAAUAUGUUUUUGUACUACCACAAAUACAACGAUGCAACAACAUAUUAUUGAUAUGGUGUCAUGAAGCCUGAACAGAGUCGAUUGCAGAUGUUUCUAAAUCGCGUUUAAUGAAAUUCCGGUUCCCUUAGCUUUUAUUUGUGAUUGGGUAAGAAACAGAGUGUGUCCUGUUCUGUCAGAAAUCAUUCCAAUUAUGUUGAAAAUGCAUCUCAGCCAAGAAAGCAAAAUGGAACCUUUGUGGAGUAUAUAAAUAUUUUUUGUGGAGAAAUGUUAUUUGAUGUGACUAAAAAUAAAAUGUGUUCUUAAUGUGUUCUCAGUUAAGCCCAAAAUGAUUCAUACCCCUGGAAGAUUUAGGUUUCAAGUAAUAUUUUAAUUUUACGAACAUGUUUCUUCUGACUGGAAGUAACAUUAGUGUUUUGGAGCGGCCCAGCCAGAAUCCCAAUUUCAAUCCGAUAGGAGAAUUUGGAGGGAGCUAAAGAUUAGGGUGAUGGUUAGGAGGCCUUCUAUUCUUAAAGAAUUUGAGCUCAUCACCAAAGAUAAAUCUUCAAAAUACCAGCGGGAACAUUCAAAAAGCUAAUUCUAAGCUAAUAAUAAAAAGGGUAGGUCCGCUGUAAUGCGAAUGAAGGUGUUUUUUAUUUAAUAUUGAAAAAGGUAUACAAAUUAAAUAAUUUUUAUUUUUUGAAUUGAUAUUGGUUUUACUUUGUUUUAUUCAAUUUUGGGUGAUGCCUGUCUCGUUUCUGACCCAGACCACAUUUAUUGGUUGAAUGGAAGUAAUUUUAAAUCAAAAUCUGCCAGGUGUGUUAUUUUGGGCUGAACUAUAGCUGAAAUAUUUUUUAAAACCAUUUGUAAAAUUUCCGAAACAGAUAAAGAAUAAAAUAAAAGAAAUCAAAUAUUCACUUUUAUAAAUUUUGAUCCGUUCGUAGUUACUUUAGGAAAACACGUGAAUUGGAUAAGAUAUGUAAUAUAUUAGAUUAAUUAGAUUUUUUUGUUUUUUACAAUUCAGAUUUCUUUAUUUUUUGCUUUUACCAGUAUUCAUGAAACAAGUGAAAACAGCCACAAUUCAGCUGUAAUCAAUGCAUUUCUUUCUUUUUGUUUGUAGACUUUGUGUCUCUACAAACUGAAUAGACGUACCUGGUGAGGGAUCAGUGAUGCAAAUGUACAAGAAUUAAAUAAAAAUAAUAAUUUGUUGGUAUCUGUAAAGUC